AUGCCAGCUGCUCGCCCAUUUUCCGUGACACUCACCUUGCCACCACCUCCAUUGAGCGUUAUCGGUGGCGGCGGGCCAGAGUCGCUGCUAGAGACCGUUGUCUCGUUAACCUCCAGAAAGCGUCGCGUAAUAACGAAUGCCUCGGCUAUUUUAAAUGAUGAGAGCAAAAUUUCAACCGCCUGCUCUUCCAAGGCAAAUCAUCAUCCACGUGCAACCGGCAUUGCGUUUGAAGAGCAAAUUGUGGUCCGGUUUCUUUCAGAGACGCUUGCAAAUGCAGUUAGAGCCUCCUUAAAUGCCGGCACUCUCGAUACCGACCUUCAAAUUGAUUUUGACAAAUCAACAUUUACAAAUGGGUAUUUUGGCGGCCCGGCGGCUCCUCCUAGCGCAACAGUGAUAUUUUGUGGACAGAGAUUCAAGGGCUGGCUUGUGGAUCUACCAUCGCUCGUCGAGUCGCUGAUCUCCUCAAACAAAAAGCAAUAUUACAAAGUGGCGGACAUUUCACAGGAGGAGAAGGAAGACAAAAACGGCCAUACAGACGAUUUCAUUCCCACACGAGAGUGGCCACAUGGCCUUACCCCGCCACUUGCCUUUGUCAGGGCACGCCGCUUCCGUCGGCAAGCUGCACGAGAAUCGCUUGUAGAAAUGAGCUCUGUUGUGCGGCGCCUGCUUGAAGCAGAUAGGAAGGCACUUUCCAUUGAGCUAGAGCUAAUUGACACACCGGCAUCAUCACUUGAAGAUCGUAACUUUCCAGAGUUGGAAGAUGACGAGGAGGAUGCCUCUUCCGUCGCCAGCGGGCCUCUCGCCUCCACUAUCGGCGAGAUUUCAGACGAUGAGGUAUCUGAGCUUGCCGCCGAGAUCACUUACGAUGAAGAAGAAGAGUAUGAUGAAGACGAAGAUGAAGAGGAAGGAGAGGAGGGAGAGGAAGAGGAGGGAGAAGAAGAAGAAGAAGAGAUUGCAUCUGAAGGUAAAGCCGGGGAUCCUCCAUCUUCCGAUAUUCUUAGCUCGACAGGGCACAACUUUUCGUUGUUGCAAUCUCGGAUCUAUUCUCGGUUAGCGUCUGCCUCAACGGCAGGCUUGAACAAGGAUUCCGAUUCCUUCAACCGCAUGAAUCGAUUCAGCGAUGCCAUUCGGAUCCUCUCGCAGCAGUCAUCCUCUGUGACUCCAGAGAGCAAUCCUCUCCUUGUGGAAGACUAUGAGGUCUAUCACGGGCAGGAGAUUGAUGAAGAAGAAGAAACCAUUGAUGAUGCGGACAAAGGCUCCGUGGAAUAUGUACAUGGCCACAUGACAUACCCGCCCAAUGUAGCACAAAGUUCUAUAAAUUAUGCCUGUGAGCCAAUCGACUAUGAGUAUGGAUCCGGAAGCUAUGCUCAAAGCCAAGAUUCCACUGUUGCGGAUGAUUCUCAUUCGGAAGACGGGGGUCUCUCAAUGGAUUACGAGCAAGGCCUCCAUGAUGGCGGUCCUCUGACGGCUACUAGCAAUCGAGCUCAAGGCGACCACCCUAUGGAUAUAAACUCGGAUGUCCCUGAAGAUUUGAUAGACUCGUAUGCCAGAUGGCUCUAUGAUGCUUCAAACAGUGGCGGCACCGGCGGUGGUAAUCGUUGA